AUGAGCCCAAAUACUUGCUGGCUUUGCAAGAUAUUCAGAGCAGAAGAAAAUGGGGUCAGUUCUGAAGUGUCUUUGGAGGAAGUGCUACAAUGGUCCCAGUCUUUUGAAAAGCUGAUAACAAGUAAAUUGUUCACAGAGACCAGGAAGAACAAAGUUUUCAGUGCUCUGUCCCUGCAUAGUGAAAUGCCGCUGAGGUUAAAGGGAGCUCUGCACACGCAAGAAAAUGCAAUGUUGAAGUAUAGGGCUCCAGGACCUACUUGGAAGACAGAGCACAGUGAUGAAGACAUAGAAUUCUGGCUCGCUUGUGAAGCUUAUAAGAAGAUCAUGUCACAGAGGAAAAGAAUUUCCGUGGCCAGGAAACUUUUCACAACUUACAUUCAACCCCAGGCUCCCAACGAGAUUAACACUGACAGUCCUGUGAGGAAAACAAUUACAAGGAAUAUUCAAGAACCAACACAGUCCUGUUUUGAUGAAGCACAGAGAAUAAUUUACAUGCACAUGGAAAGAGAUUCUUAUUCACGAUUUCUUGAAUCAAAGUUCUAUCAAAAACUCAAACACAGCCUUCAAGCUAAUGGCAAUAAUUCAAUG